AUGUAAUAGUUUUCUUAAAUAGUUUUAAAAAGCAUUAUAAUUUUUAACCUUAUUUAACUAAACAUAUCAAAAAUAUACUUAAAACCCAUUGAGUAUUAAGAAUUAUAUGAGCGAUUUGAAUAUUCUAAACAACUAAGCUACCAAGAGACAGAAGAAUUUGAAAUAAUCACACAAAUAAUAUACAAAAAUAAUGCUUACAUUAAUUAUUUAAUCAUUUUCGCUUAGCCACUGGAGUGUGAAAGCAAUAAUAUAGAAAUGAUAACAUAUAUAGAAUUGGGAUAAAGUAAAUCAAGAAUAUGUGAUAGAAAUUCUUAAUUUUAACAAAACAAUAUCUGUGUGUAUCAAAUAGAUAACUAAGUAGAACAAUCAUUCUCAAUUAUAAUUAAAUGUUUAUCAGAAAAAUGUUCAGUUUAAAUCUACUUUUCAGUGUAAAGAGAAAAUUACAUUAAUAUUAAAAAUAUUGGAUAAUUAUCAAAUAGUUUUGUACAAAUUUAUCAUCUUGAAAAAAACUAUUUUUUGAAAAAAAAAGAUGCUACUAUUAUGAUACAAGGAAAAUUUAAUAAAAUCUUAACUUAUUCAAAAGAUAUAUUUGGAAACAAAGACUGCAUAAGCUAUCAAAUUUACUAAAACCAAAUAAUAGUAAUUUAAUAUACAAUUUUAUGUGAAGCAUAAAUUAUACUUAUAGUUGUACAAUCUUUUCCAAGAUAGUAAAUUAUAUUCGAUUAAGUGCAGGCAAUAACAAUAGAAAAGCAGAUUACUCAAGUAAGUCCUGUCGGAGUCUAAUAAUACUUUUUUGUUAACUAAGAAGAUUGCAUUUUAGAAUAAGUUUAAUAAAAAAUAUAACCAUUUGAGAUUAUUUAGUUAUAAUCCAAAGCUUUUGUUGAUAUAAAAUGUGAAAAAAAAACUUAAUUAUACCUAUUCUAGUUAAAUUUCUAAUUUUAUUAAAUUUUUUUCUCUUAUUACAUUUCAUAGAUAAAAAACUAUGAAAUAGUUAUUCUAGACAAAUAUUAUUCAUAUUACCAUGGUAAUACAAUAUAUUGCUAUAAGUUUAUUUCCCCUGGUUAUAGAGUUUACAGAUUCGACUCAUAAAAUUAGAUAAUAACUGAUCAAUAUGUUUAAAAUUUUAUAAAAAACGGCAAUAAAUAAAAUGAUUUUUAAAUAUAAUUGUAAGAGAUAACAUAUUAAUCGGGUACAGAAGUUUGCUUUGAAGAUGAAAUUUACUCAUACUCUAAUCACAAAGGCCAUAUUAUAAUUUCUCCAAAUAAUGAGAAUCUUCACUACAGUUUUAAUAUAAAAUUUUAUCAAAUUUAAAUAGAUUUAAAUUAAUAUUUUGCAAGUAGUUUUAAGAUAAAUGACUACAUUUACAUAGAUUAAAAUGUUAGGAAAAUAAAUUUUUUUAGUGAUGAUAUCAAAUAGGAGUUGAACUUUGGUUUUAAAAUAAGAGGAAUCCAUGUAAGUAUUUUGUUAAAUAAUAUAUGA